GUCGCCUCUCUGUUCCACUGUUUACUACACUGCCGAGCAUAAGGGAGACAACUCGUCUUCACAUGCACUGAAACCCACUGACAAAAAGCAGUUUUUAAAUUGUGUUUGUGAGAAAAAAAAAAAAAAACUCCAGGAGGUCAACAUGCCCAAGAGAAAGUCACAGACCGAAGAAGUGAUUGAGCCCCAGAGGAGAUCAAAUCGGUUAAAGGACAAACCAGUCACAACCAAGCAGGAACCAAGGGUUAAGAAGUCAGCAAAGAAAGAAAAGGCUGUGAACGACAAGAAAGAGGACAAGAAGGCCAAGAAGGCAAAGGAGAAUGCUGAGGCAGAAGCAAAUGAGGAAAACCACUCUGAAAACGGCGAGGCCAAGACCAACGAGGUGGAGGCAGCCCCCGAGGAGGCCAAGGAGGAGACCAAGUCUGAGUAGCACUACUGCCCGAGCUUCCUCCUCCACUACAAUCCCAAACCCACCCCGCCCGACCCCACAAAUCUCUCACAUGGUUUCCCUCCAAGGUGUAUUGUUAACAGAGGAAUAUUUUUAUCAAUGAUUUUAUAAGUAUCCGUACAGAUUUUUAGCACAAAAAGCAAAGCUGAUUAUGGAGCACCUUGCAGAUUUGCAGUGGUCAUAUCAAGUGUCUGCAAGCAAGAUGAACACACUAAAAUCUUUUUAAAAUGGCAUUUCAUGAUUGUUGAAGGCUUGUUUGGUGUAGAAAGUGUGUCCCUGCCGGAUUGGCUAUGUUGUGAGUUGUGUAUUACUGUGUUUUGUUUUGGGUUUCUCCCCUCCCCUCUAUAUUUCCCUUCCCUCUCCUCCAUGGAUCAGUCUUCUCUCCCCCACAGUUCAGACUUUAUCCAUGUGUUAUUAACGGUUCAGCCAUGAUAAUGUGGGUGAUUCUUUUAGACUUCUAAAUGUGCAGUGAGUUCCCUCGCUUCUGCCUCAUGAGUUCUUUCUCCCCACCCUACCCCAUUGAAAUUGUGUAUAUUAUUAUUAUUAUUAUUUUUUUUUUUUUUUUUUUUUUUUAAGUGUGUUGAAUCAUUUUGUUCAUAAGAAAGAGGAAGACGAACAUGUAAAACAUUCCGGGAACAGCGAUGCCUCCAACCUGUCCUCAAGACGACCCUGCGUGUAAAACAGCUCCUGCUCCACCAACGCUGUCAUGUCAGCUUUUCUAAACACUUUGGUUUUAACAUUUUGUUUUUCCAAUAAUUGAAUUUGGAUUCUCUGACAAGUGCAGGUGUCUGGUCCCUCUCUUAUGUUCUGAAAUUCUCUUAAUAAAAAGAAGUCCUGAGAAUUUUCCUCGAAA